AUGAUUUUGGAUAAUGCCGACAAUGCAGAGCUCGUUUUCCCUUCAGCUGAAUCGGAUGUACCACCUGCUACUGUUACACAAACUCAGAAACCUCUAAUCGAAUACCUUCCAGCUAUCUUACAUUCUCAGAAGUCAUUACUCGUUACAACGAGAAGUAGACCCGUAGGCCAGGAUCUAGCCGACGGAGAAUUGUGUGUGGAGGUGCCGCCACUUUCAAGUCAAGAAGCGGAAGCAUUGUUGCGAUUGAAACUGAAAGGAUCUGCGAGCUCUUUCGACGUGUCUAGUACAGAAAGGCUGCUGGAUGUCCUGGGAUCUAUUCCGCUAGCCAUCACGCAGGCUGCUGCCUUUAUUAACCGCAAUCGAUGGACCGUUCAAGGCUAUCUAGCAGCCCUUGAAAAGGACAUACUCCACAGGCUUGCUGUACUUAUCACGCUGGAGCUUAAAAGCAAUACCUGCUAUAGGUGGAAGGACCUCGACCUUGAUACUUUGUUCCAUCAGCUGCAGGAGAUGUUCAAUAUCACCGAAAUUCUUGUUAGUCAGUGUCAGUAUCUGACUUGCGUUGAGAAGGCAGUCUUCUUUUCGCAUGAGCACAAUUUUGUCAUCAAUCUUUAUCUGUACAUAUCUCCCGUCAUAAUCCGUCACCUUGACAAGGACCAGUCAGCAUGCGCGACAUGUCUGACGGGCUCAUUGAGGAUGGUGUACUUUAGCUUGUUUAAGUUCUUUCAGUCGUUUACGCCACUGCGGCCUUUGUCCCUCCUGCGCGAAGGCAAAACCUACCUCUUCAGCAUCGACGUUCAUGGGAUUUUUCGCUUCCGAAUUGCUCUUGGAUCUGAACCUCUCAUUUCGCUUAUAAGCCUUGACAUUAAUCUAACCGAGGCUCACAAGAUAGCAAGAUGCAGUCUUCUCUUCUACGGGUUCGCAAAUUAUUACUCACCUCAACGGUACCACCAGACCUCACUUUCGAUUGUGAGGAAUAUGAUAGACUCCAAAGAACUACCACGCCGUCAAGCUCGCUAUCACAGAAAUUCAGGUGAAGUCAGCGCGGUCGUCUUCUCGCCUGACGGCCAGCUUCUGGCCUCUGCAUCCUACGACAACACUGUCAGACUGUGGGACCCAGCCACAGGGGCCUCACGCGGCACGCUUGAAGGCCAUUCAGAUUGGGUCAGCGCGGUCGUGUUCUCGCCUGACGGCCAGAAUUGA